UGUAGUGUGUGCGCGAGUGGAUGUGCGUGCGUGUGAUGUACGUGUAUUGUGUGCGUGUGUGUGUGACUGUGUUUAGUGUUUACGUGCGUUUGUGUUAGUGUUCGACCGCGUACCAUACUGUUUCGACCGUCGCCGUUGUUGGCUUGGCCCCCGUCUCUACAGUCUACAGUGUCUGCCGCCGCCGUUGCCGUCGUAACCCUGUUAGCCCGUCGUCGAAACCGAUAAUGUCAACGUGACCGCAACCGUAUCGUUUUUUUUUUCGUGGGUGUGAUAGGUAAUACGGCCGUCGCACGACCAAACGCGGGUAGAACCAAACAAGCCAGACAACAGUCGUAGACUUUGACAAACACCGGUCGUUGGUGCACUACGCGCGGUUCGCGUUUGAUUUUUACGGAUUAAGAAACAAUUGAAAUAUGGCUGACGUGGAAGCUGAACAAUCUCCAGCUCAUCAUAGCAAUGGUUAUACAAACUCAAAUGAUGAUGACGAUGAACGUGGAAAAAUGAGACCUGCAGAUAUUGAUGCUGAUGUAAGAGAAAUGGAACGUAGAAAAAGAGUGGAAAUGAUAAUGAAUUCACGACUGUUUCGUGAAGAACUUGAACGAAUAAUUGAAGUUCAAAUGAAAGAUGGCGGUUCCGUUCCUGCUGGAAUAUUACAGCAAAUAUCAGAUAUGGUCGGAGGACGUCAGUCUGGAGGAUCUAAAGCUUCAAAUUGUCUUGCCCCAAUCAAUGACAUUCGAGGUGUUGAAAGUAUGGGAUACGCUAAAGGGGAAAAAAUUAUCAGAUGCAAAUUGGCUGCUGUGUUUAGGUUAAUGGACUUGUAUGGCUGGACUCAAGGAAUUUACAAUCAAGUAUCUGCUCGACUUAACCAAGAAGAAGAACACUUUUUGGUAAACCCACAUGGACUUUUAAGCAAUGAGGUAACGGCGUCUAGCCUGAUCAAAGUAGACAUGCAAGGAAAUGUAAUGGAACCGGGAACAACAAAUUAUGGUGUUAACGUUACGGCUUUUCAACUGCACGCUUCUAUCUAUGCAGCUAGACCAGAUUUAAAAGCAAUUAUUGACAUACAAGUUGGUUCUGUUUUGGCUGUAUCGUCAUUGCGUUGCGGUUUAUUGCACAUCAGUAAAGAAAGUGCAUUAAUUGGUGAUGUUUCACAUUAUGCGUAUCCGGGAUCUAAUGUGGAUACAGAAGAAAAGGAAAAAAUCGCUCGCAGUUUAGGACCCAUAAAUAAGGUUAUCUUUUUUACUAAUCACGGUGCAGUAUGCUCUGGUGAAUCCAUCGAAGAAGCUUUUUACAAUGCUUAUAAUGUUGUCAAUGCCUGUGAAACACAACUCAAAGUUUUGCCCGUGGGACUUGACAAUAUUGUCACCAUGUCUGAGGAACAGCGCAAAUCUAUUUAUGACUCUGCCAGAUCUCCGCCAGAUGGCACAGUACCCGCUCCAUUACCUGCGGGUAGCACUGCUGUUUCAGAAAAGCGCUGGAGAGUUGGUGGACUUCAGUUUGAAGCUCUCAUGAGAAUGCUUGAUAAUGCUGGUUUUCGUACUGGUUACAUUUACCGGCAACCACUCAUUAAAGGUGAGCCACCGCGACCACGAAAUGAUGUUGAGGUACCGCCAGCAGUUUCUUCACUUGGUUAUUUGUUAGAAGAAGAGGAACUUUACAAAAAUGGACAGUGGAAAAAAUACUAUGAUGGUCGCAAAUCUACCGACAGGACUAAGUGGUUAAAUUCACCAAAUGUUUAUCAAAAAGUAGAAGUACUUGAAACAGGAACAACAGAUCCUAAGAAAAUUACCAAGUGGGUGCCUGAAGCGUCGCCUAAUUCAAGUACUCCAUUUAAAAUAGAAGGACCCCUGCAGUUUGUCCCAAAAAACACUAAUCCUAAAGAAUUUAAAAAACUUCAACAGCAAAUAAAAGAAAAUAGAAGAGCUGACAAAAUAACUUCAGGACCUCAAUCUCAAAUACUUGAUGGCGUUUCUUGGGAAGAAGCAAAAAAACUACAAGAUGCUAACUUAAGUGCAAAUGGCGAUCAAGUAAUAUUGGUUGGGGCUGCGUCCAAAGGCAUAAUACAACGUAAUUUUCAACAUAACGCUACUGUUUACAAGACACCUUAUGCUAAAAAUCCAUUUGAUGCAGUCACGGACGAGGAAAUAGAAUAUUAUAAAAAUGCCGUGAAUCGAGGACAACACGACAAUGAAGAACACAGCGAGCAUUUUUCACCGACUAGACAAACCGAGGCCUUCCUUAUUAGUGAGACAGAAGAUGAAAGCAGAGCAGGAGAAACUAGAGUAGUGCAAGUGGAGAGGAAAUCUGUACUAAAGCCAGACCAGGCUGAACUCGUUCUUAGUGAAGGUGAAAAUACGUACAACGGAGAUAAUUCUGACGCUCACCAGAGUACAUUUUCCAGUAGCAAAGAGGGCUCGCCCACUAAAGAAAUAUCCACAGAGGAUUCUUCUCACAAAGAUAAGAAAAAGAAGAAGAAAGGAAUUAGAACGCCGUCUUUCCUUAAAAAAAAGAAAGAAAAAAAGAAGGUUAUUCAAGCUUAAAACUAAAAUUGAAUACAAUUUUAUAACUGGUCAGACGCCUAGCUAAAUGUUGCCUUGACCAAUCAACACUAGUUGUCAGUAGCUCACAAUAUAGUCAUCCUUUCAUCUUUCCACUCAUCAACGCGCGCCCAUUUUGGACAAAUCAGUAACAUUUUCGACACGUCUUUAUUGCAUAACUUCUAUUAAGUUAUCGUAUAUUUAUUUGGAAUCUAAAACAUGUGCAUUAUACUUAAACUUUAGUUGCUAGUAAUUAAGUAAUCCUAUUUAUUUUUAAUGGCCAUAGGUAAUUUUUUUUUUUUGACCUCAUUCGAUAAAUCUUAGCCUAUUAUUUUUUUGUUCGUUUUGUUACCAAAUUUGAUACAUAGACAUUUUUACACUCGUGACAGUAUAAUAUUAUUCGCCUGAAAAUUAAAUUUGAUUAUUCAGAAUAUUCAAUUCCCAAAGGACAUUGAAAACCAUUUUUUCUAUUUUCCUUUACCGUUCCCUUAACCUUAUUAUUGUUAAAACAAAACAAAAAUGUCUUCUGCUGUAGAAUUUGAUUUGUAUUCCAAGUGGAAAUAUUUUGCUUAAUCAAUGUUGUGUAUUUGUCAUUUCAGCCGGUCUAAAACUAAAUACAUUACAUUAUGUCUAUUUUUUUAUAUAGUAUAUGAACUAAUAAUAUUUGUUCUAAAUCUGCUGUGGACCAGUAAUAGAUUUUACUAACGUUUGUUGCAUUCAGUAUUAAUGGAGCUUAUAACAUAAUUAUUGAUAUAUAUUAUAUUCUCUUUCGAUGGUAAUAACAGUAUAGCCAAAACAACAAAAUAACAAUUAUCGUUCGGGACUUGGUCUGUUUACUCAUUUUGUGGCAGCUGAACUAUUACAUUACUUACAUUGUGUGUUUAAGAUACAAACUGAUAGUAUAAAAUGUCGUUAUUUUAUGUACAAUUAAAAAUAAAUAUUUAUUAACUCGCGAACAACAUAUUUAGUUAAGAAUAAUUUAAUAAGACUUCAAAUUUCAAUCGUUCUACAUUACAAAUUAUUAAAUUUCUAACCUUAACUUUUAUUAUAUUAGUUAAGUUCGAGUGCUUACAAUAUAUAUGUUUAAUUAUUUUUGUAACAAAAAAGCUCCAUUACUCAACACUAUCUUAACUUAUAUAUUUCUAUCUAAUUAUUUGGCGACACCGAGUUUAUUACAAAAUUAUUUUCUCUCCGUAACUUAUUAUAAUUCUAGUAAACUAUAUCUUUCUACUAAUGUUAGAUGACAUCACAUAGUUUUUAAUUUUUUUUUUUUUUUUUAAUUUGACAUAGGACUUUUUGUAUUUUUAUGAUAAACUGAAAACUGCCGUACAUUUGAAAUUUGACGUUCAAUUUGUGUUGUACAAAUAUUACAUUUUUUGUAUACCUAAUUGUUAAUAAAAUGAUUGAAUGAUAAUUUUCGCUUACAAAAUAUAAAUGUAAUACACUAUCUAGAAUUUCUUUUAAAAAAUAAAGUUGCGCAAAUUUUUAUUUUUAUUAUAUUUAUAUUGUGAAAAUUAUAUAGUAUGAUUUAUUUAGACAUUUUUUGCCUCCGAAAUUAAUUUAUAUUUAUUAAUCAAAAUGGAUUUAUAAUUUUUAAUUAAUACGAUAUAUAUUAUGUGAAUUGAAAUGUAUACAAAUAUUUUUUUUACUAUCGCAUAAUUUUGUUUGAAAGCUUUCGGAUUGUUACGAGCAGCUUAUAAAUAUUAUAUUAUAUAUUAUACUACUAAUAUUAUAUUAUUAUUUAAUUAAAUUAUAUUGAACUUUGUGACUAUAAUUUAUAUUUACCUAGGUAGCUUUUAAAUGUUUUAAAUGUUGUGAAAACAAUUAUUAUAAAUAAUUAUAAUUUUUUUUUUUAUUAAAUUUUAUUUGUACCACGAUUUUGUAAAUCACAGACUUCAAGGCGUCUGUGUAGUGUAUGAAUCGCAAUAACACAUUUUACCUCUAGCAACGUUUGUUUUUUUUAUUUUAAAUUAAAUACUAUAAAAAAAUAUAUAUAUAUAUAUAUAUAAAUUAAACACAAACUUACUUUAAGUUAUUUAUGAUUGAUGCUUAUAAAAGCAUAAUUUAACAUUUGUAACACUGUUUUGUCAUAUUAAUGAUAAGCUUAAAUACAAUUAUUGUUUAUUUAUUUUAAUAUUUUAUAAUAUGAUAUACAUUUUAUUUAUUUUGUUUUCGUGUUCCUUUUGAUUUUUAUUUAAAAUUUUUCAAAAACCUAAGCUGUUUCAUCAAUAUAUUGCUUUGUGUCAGAA